CUCUAAUUCCCCUCCCUCCCUCUCCUAGUAACAAUGCGACUUCUACACCCCCACCGAUAAAGAACCCUUUUGGGAUCGUAGCGUCGAGCGCUGCUGCAGAGUGGGAACUCAGGAAGCGGAAAAACCACGAGGAGAAUAGCGUCAUCGACGAGCUGAUGGGCUACGUCGGCCUUGAAGAGGUCAAGCGCCAAUUCUUGGCGAUCAAGUCCAAGGUUAACAUCUGCGAAGAGCAAGGACGGGACAUCGAGAAAGAAAGAUUCAACAUUGUAUUUCAGGGAAAUCCUGGAACAGGCAAGACGACCAUCGCUCGCUUAUAUGCGAAGUUCCUGCAUUCGGUCGGUGUCGUCGGCUGUCCCGAAGUCAAGGAGAAAUCGGGGAUCAAGCUUUGCACCAAAGGUUCCUUCGGCGUCAAGAGAAUGUUCAAGCGAAUGCUGGAGCGCGACGGCGGUGUCCUGUUCGUCGACGAAGCCUACCAGCUGACCGCGCCGUACACCGACGGCAUGGGGCGACAAGCAUUGGACGUCAUUCUCACAACCAUGGAGAACGAGAUUGGGAAGUUAGCCGUCGUCUUCGUUGGAUACAAAGACGAGAUGGAAUCCUUCUACGAGCACAACCCUGGUCUGUCCAGCCGCAUCCCGUACUCCAUGGAGUUUUCCGACUUCACCGACGCCGAGCUAUGGAAGAUUCUCCACGACAACAUCAAAAAGGAAUACAACGGCAAGAUGAAGGUCGAGGGCGGCCUCGACGGUUUGUACAUGCGCGUGGUUCUUCGUCGCCUCUCUCAGGCGCGGAAGAACCGAGGUUUUGGGAAUGCUCGCGCCGUCGAGAACCUGCUGGCCAGAAUAUCAAGUCGCCAAACCAGCCGCAUUGAACAGGAGAGGCUGUCGGGCCAGAGUCCGGACCCUCUCUUUCUCACGAAGGAGGACCUUAUCGGCCCCGAACCAGAGUGUGCCGUUGGAAAGAGCCAGGCUUGGGCUGACCUGCAAAAGCUCAUUGGACUCGAGUCGGUCAAAAGGUGUGUGCAGAGCAUGCUCCGGAUGACCCAGCUCAACUACCGUCGCGAGCUGAAGGAGCUGAAGCCCUUGCAGUUAUCGUUGAACCAGGUCUUCGUUGGCGCACCGGGAACCGGAAAGACUACAGUAGCUCGGCUGUAUGGGAGAAUCCUCGCCGAUCUUGGCCUCCUGAGCCGAGGAGAUUUGAUUCUCAAGACCCCUGCGGACUUCAUUGGCGAGUGUCUCGGCAAGUCGGAAGCCAAGACCAAAAAGAUCCUUGAAGCCACAGUGGGCAAAGUGUUGGUCAUCGACGAAGCCUACAUGCUCGAUGCAGGCGAUGGGAGCAAAGAGCAAGACAAGUUCAAGACUGGUGUGAUCGACACCCUGGUUUCCAUGGUUCAAGGCUCACCAGGAGAGGAUCGUUGCAUUAUCCUCGUGGGGUACGAGGAUAAAAUCAGCAACAUGUUCCAAAAUGUCAACCCCGGCCUCUCUCGUCGAUUUCCCAUCAACCGACCUUUUCGAUUCGAGAACUUUGAUCUCUCACAGCUCACGAGCAUUUUGGAGAAAAAGAUGCUGGAGGAGGACAUGGAGGCCGCGCCAAGAGCUUUCGAAGCUGCCCGAGAUGUUCUGGAGCGAGCCUUGAUGCGCCCCAACUUCUCCAAUGCUGGAGAGGUCGAUAGCAUUCUCCAGGUUGCCAAGAUGAACUUCGAGCAGAGGCAGGCCAGCAGACCGUUUGACGAACAGGCAUGCAAUGGGAUGGUUGAACCUGAAGAUUUCGAUAGGGACUUCGCCAGAGGCACGGUUGGCACUGGUAUAAAUAGUCGGCAAGAACUCAAGGGGCUAGUGCACGACCGGAUCAUCGACAAGCUGGCGAGAUACCAAACGAUAUGCAUUGCUGCGAGAAGGCAGGGCUUUCGGCCUAGGGAGCAAGUGCCAACCAACUUCGUCUUCAAAGGAUUUACAGGCACUGGCAAGACCACAACUGCUCAGCAUAUGGGGAAGAUCUUUUAUGAUAUGGGAUUCCUGGCCACGCCGGAUCUCAUCGAAUGCUCCGCCACCGAUCUUAUUGGUCAAUAUGUUGGUCAAACAUGCCCCAAGACCCGCAAGGUGCUCGAGAACGCACUCGGCAAGGUCCUUGUAAUCGACGAGGCAUAUCGCCUCAUAUUUGGCGAGUUCGCCGCGCAGGCCGUGGACGAGAUCGUUCAGUUUCUUUCCCGGCCCGCGAACACGGGUAGAAUGGUAGUUAUUCUUGCAGGACGCACCGAUGACCUGAAGGUCCUCAUGACCAGCUAUCCCCAACUGUCGGGUCUGUUUCCCGAAGAGAUUGAGUUUCAGAACUUGACGCCUGAAGAGUGCAUCAGCCUGCUCCUUCGAGAACUCGGAAAAAGCGACGUCGUCACCGAGAAUGACUUUCUUCUCCGACCGCAAGACCCAAGCUACGCUAUCACUGCACGGCUCUUCAAGGCGUUAGGGGUCAUUCCGGGAUGGGGCAACGCGCGUGACGUCAAACAGUUGGCGAAGCAGAUUCUCGGCAAGUUUCUCGAGGCUUCGGGCCCCGAAAGGCAAGCUGUGCGCACGGUUACAGCGGCGCAGGUUCGGCAGUCCGUAUUUGAACUGGUGAUCCAAAGACGAGAGCGGUCUCUAAGUCUGCAUCCCGGCGCCAACGCCAGUCUCCCAAUCUUGCCACCAAUUGGGUCCGACUUUAUUCCAUCCUUCAUCACCCCGCCACAGCUUGCAAGCACACAACCUGUCGAAACCCCUAUCGAUAUUGACACUGCGGUGGAUAGCGGUACCGCUACCAGUAGCCACGUUAGGACCCAAACUCGAACCGACCUCGGCCGUCGUCAUAGUGGCGGCGCUCCGGACUCAGACAAUGACGACGAGCACACGCCCACGGCCCGAGACAACGGUGUUUCUGAUGCUGUCUGGACCGAGCUCGAGGAAGCGAAGCGGAAGCAAAAAGGCCUCUCCGGGCGGCAACGACAACUACAGCGAGAUUUCGAUGCCGCCGAGACGAUGCUCGCCGGCAAUGCUGGCGCAGAUGGGGGGAACAACUGCGACGGUCUUGAUGGCCGAUGUGACGCACUCCGUGACCAGUUGACGGCGCUUCAGAGAAUGAUGCAAAAGGAGAAAAGGGUUCGGAAGAAAUUGCAGACCAUGAAUCAGUGCAUCAACGGCUACUCAUGGUACUCCGUUGGAGGGGGCUGGAGGUGUGGCGGCGGUGCGCACUAUGUACCAGAUCAGGAGAUCAUGGGGGAGGUCUGAUUCGUAGGUACCUAUAUACACAGACACCAGCGGCGAAUUUGAUCAACUAGUGAAGAGUAUAACGCUCCCCCAUCAUCUCCAAGCUCUUGUGUUAGUCACUUGUGCCAUUCUCGGGAUCUGUG